GAGCAAAAACAGCAUCUAAAAGCACUAGGCAGAAACGCCAGCAAACUGAGGUAAGGGUAAUGUACUUGUGGAGAAAUCGGUAGGUAAACCAACAUGACACCUGUUAGGUUAGUGGUUAAGAUUUAGUUUGCGUCAGUAACUGCCAAGGCCUAGUCGGUUUACGUGUUGCUGGAUUAACGAGGCGAGGGUUUGACACUCGCUGUUAUUUAUUGUUUCUCGUGACCGAUGACGCACGUAUGUUUGAAACUGACACACCAGCAGGCCAUGGCGUACUUUUAGGGAUCGUUUAUUGGGUAAAUCAGGUUACAGCUUUUGCCUACAUGUUUACAUGCCAGACUCUCCAAAAGUCUCUUUAAUUUGCAGUGGAGCUGGCGUUCAAUCACCGUUUGAACCGUGUUCCAUAUUCAGGGACCGAUACAGGAAAUGUAGGCUACGUCUCCUCUGAAGUGGGGGAUGUUUGGACCUCAGCCGGAACCGAGAAUUCCCGCCAAGCGGGAAUUCAUAAUGAUCACCAGUGUACCAGGUGGGCCUGCCACGACCCGCUUCCCUGGCGACUCCUGACCCUGGAACGGCAGGCCGAGCCUCCUGGUGGGCGGAGGGACUGAGGUGAAGGAACGGAACGGAACCGCAGCCGUCCUCGUUGGCCGCCGCUCGCUGUGUUUUUGAGGAGGGAGGGGUAAUCCAGCUGUUGUCUGUGACUACUCGGAGCAUGGGGCAGAAGGUUCCGGGAGGCAUUAAGACCGUGGACAUGCGUGACCCUGCGUUCCGGCCCCUCAAGCUGGGGCUGCAGGCCCUUGACUAUACGAAGCCGGCCCGGCUGGACAUGUUGCUGGACAUGCCGGCAGUGGCAGCCGACGUACAGGUGCAGCACUCGUGGAACAACGACGACCGCUCGCUCAACAUCUUCGUCAAGGAGGACAACAAACUCAUCUUCCACCGGCACCCGGUGGCACAGAGCACGGACGCCAUCCGGGGUCGCGUGGGCUACACACGGGGACUUCACGUGUGGGAGAUCAGCUGGGCUAUGCGUCAGCGCGGCACGCAUGCUGUGGUGGGCGUGGCCACAGGCGACGCGCCCCUGCACUCUGUGGGCUACACCGCACUGGUGGGGAACAACAACGAGUCCUGGGGCUGGGACCUGGGCCGCAACAAACUCUACCACGACGGCAAGAACCAGCCGGGCCAGACGUACCCCGCCUUCCUGGAGCCGGACGAGACCUUCAUCGUCCCAGACUCGUUUCUGGUCGUGCUGGACAUGGAUGAAGGGACACUGAGUUUCAUAGUGGACGGACAGUAUCUGGGCGUGGCUUUCCGUGGACUGAAGGGCAGGAAGCUGUACCCUGUAGUGAGUGCGGUAUGGGGACACUGUGAAAUAAGAAUCCGGUACAUCAAUGGACUUGAUCCUGAGCCCUUGCCGCUCAUGGACCUGUGCAGGCGUUCAGUGAGGGUAGCCCUGGGCCGAGAGCGGCUCAGUGAAAUUCAUGGACUCCCUCUACCCGCCUCCCUCAAGAACUACCUGCUCUACCAAUGACGACCGGAGUGAUUUCCAUCUGUGCAAGUCUAGACCUCACCCUCUCUGGUGGGCCUUCUGGUUCCGUCUUUUCCCAAACCUUCUUUUUGUGGCUUGCUUCAAUCAUGUACUGGACACACCAUGGGAGGCUCAUAGAGCCCCGUUGCACGAGCAGGCCUGUGAACCGAGUGCAUCUGCAUGACCGGAUCGGGGAGCACACCAAGCCUUGGAACCUCAGCCGUUUCCCACCGACACACCCAUGUGUAGAUCCGCUCCUCUUUCUGCCAUUUUACAAUCUUUUUUUAAACAAUUUGCAUGAGGAGUACCUGGAGACAUAUUCGACAGGCUGAGAUUGAGAUUUUUAAUGCUGGAUUUUAAAUCGAAUCAGAGUUUACAGUGGGUCUAAGGCAAUAGUUAGUUCAGUUUGACACUUUGGUGUGUACUGGAGUGGGGAAAUGGCAAAAUGCAAACAAAAGACACAAACACUGAAACUUUGCUUUAAGACAAGCUCAUCAUAAAUCACACAUCCACUUUUUAAGUGAAGGUUUUUUUUUUGUUUUGUCUUUCUCCUGUUCAUUCUUUCCCUUUUAGGAAACUUAGGAUGGCUGCAGCUAAAUGUAAAGUUUAAGACACAGGGCUCUUUUUAGCAGUAUGCAAAUAUGAGUUGACUCAUAAAGCAGAGUGGGAUCCUGUCCCCCUCGCUCUGGGAAGGUUAAAUAUAGCCUGCUGUUGGCUCACUGCAGACCUGGCUGUCUGGCCUGGGGAAUCGGUCUCUGACCUCAGUGUCUAUAAUGGGUUUGAGGCUAGCACCCACGGCAUUAGAAACCACAGCUAGCACCUUCUGCUAGCCUGCCUGCAUGGCUUCUAAAGCCAUCGUAUCCUUCCCUCAGUUAACACUGUAAUAUCUAAAGUGCCUGGCCAUGUGAAAAUGGUGCACCAUGUAGGGGUUCUGGUUUAGAAAUCGAUUGAAGGAUGGUGUCACUGUGAAACUGUAGCAUUGACAAAGGAUCCUCACUGCAGGCUGUUUCUUGGUCUUUUUAUUAUUGGCCUCUAAAUCUGAGUUCUGUAUAACUUGCGUUCAAUGUAUGAGUGUGUGGGUGUGAUUGAUUUCCACCCCCCCCCCCCCGAAUUUCAAUGCUGUUUUUAAUCUGUUGUCAUGGUAAUGCUGGGAAGGAGGAUAGGGUGUGAAGUGCGUAUGUGGUGACACUACUGUACUGUGCCUUUUGGUCCAUGAGCUAGCCAUUGAAUGGCACCUCUGGUGUCUGUGGGCAAAAUUGAUGUACUGAAAGGAAACAUUGAAGUUUUCUUUGCACAGCCCAUUCUGAGACUUCCUGCAGGUGUUAACAUUGCUUAAAUGCAGUUGUGUCUUCCUGAGACCUGGAUUUUCUUUUUGUUCUGCCACUCCCAUAAUGGUCUUUUUUUAGAUGUGCAAAUGUAGUUCAUGUUUGAAAUCCUUUUUUGCUGGGUCAUGUUGAAAAUGUCUGUUCUUGUAUCCUUCCUGCCUGCGGACCAUUUUGUCUUCUUUGUAUUCCGUGAUGUAGAUAAUAUUGAUAACUAUCUAAUAAAGUUUAUUAUAAAUGAG